AUGAACUGCGAGGACAGUGAAGGGGACAAGCGGAGAGCCGCGGCCAGAGCGCAGGCCUGGGACCCGCUCCUGCGCGCUGCCAGGGGAGGCAGAGCGUCUCUCCCUCCCCUCCUCGGCCCGAAGGGCGCGGGAGACGCCCGCGCCUUCCCCUCCCUCCGCGCGGCGAAGAGAGCGGGCGAAGCGUCGCUCACCCCUGGCGAGGUAGGCAGCUUCUCGACCGGGGCGUCGCGCGUGUUGCAGCACGCACAGGGGCAGGCCCCGGGAGGGCUCGAGGAAGAGGCGGCAGGCAGGGGGUUGCGACAGGUUGUCGGGAGGGAGCGAGGAACCGUGGCCGAGGCGGAGGGCUCGACGCCCGCCGAGGACAGCGGCCCGCUGCCCCUGCUGGGCCGUCUGCCGGCGCCCCUGCUCGACACCUUGACGGCCGUGUCGGCGCCGGCGUCGCCGCAGAGGGUCGCCUCCAGCAUCCGCGGCUUCUUCGCCAGCAAGUUCGGCGCCGUCGCACCCGACACAGGUUGCCUGACACGCCCGCCUGUCCAUGUUGCCCGCCAUAGCAGCUGGAUAGUUUGAGUUCCGG